AUGUUCGUAGCACACUGGGAGCCCGGAAAUAUCCCUGAGCUACCAGCUCUUACCUCUGCCCCAAUCUGGCUCGAGCUUUGUAACGUCCCACUCCAAUUCUUCAAUGAAGAUGGUUUUGAGCGAAUUGCAGGCCUAGUUGGGGAACCUAAAUACCUCCAUCCAUCCACUGCAAACAAAGCUGACUUGGAAGUUGCUAAAGUACUAACAAUCAUCGACCCGAGACAGCCACUUUCGGAAGCGGUAAACGUUCAAUUUGAUUCCGGAGACAUUGCUCGUGUAGGUGUUUCUAGUCUGUGGAUGCCGCCGGUUUGUUCCCACUGCAAAGAAAUUGGUCAUAGCAUCAAGCGGUGUCCCACUUCUCCGAUAACUUACGCUGAUUGUAAAUCAACGUCUCAUUCGAAAGACAACUGCCCUCGGGCUAAAGAACACAAUAGCAGGAAAUACAAGAAGCAAAAAGAGAAGAGCAAAGCUACAUUUCCAGGCAAGAGUGUUCACCCCCAAAAAAAUCAUGCGGCUUCCAUUCCACCACUCCGUUCCUCAUCGUCAGGAAACCCUCAGGGUAAUCUCGAAGCAAGUUGCAAAGGGAAAGGUGUUGCGGUUUCAACCAACACUCGUCAUACCGCGGCUGGUUUUAGUGAUCCUUCCCGGAUUUCCCUAAAAGGAAUUCAUAUUGAGCAACCGGAAUCUAGUAAUGUCAACGUUACUACCUCAGUGUCUGAGGUUGAAUCCGACUCGUCUGAUGUUCCCUCAUCAGAUAAUGAGUUUGAAGAAGGACAGUACAUCCCGGUCAGGGAAAAGCAUGGGGCCAGAGGCAGUCGGGGCAGAGGCCCCAAAUUCACCUAA